AUGGACGCCGAGCUGCCGGGAACGUUUAAUGGGUUGCUACCAACCUUUAAUUGCUCCUUGUCUUUCCAGGUCCACUUGUACGACCCUUAUGAUGAUGACUAUUACCAGACGGUGCCCCUCGAUUCCCACCAGGCGAUGUACGUCACCUCUGAUUACUAUGGCAACCAGUAUGGAGUCCCUAGCGGCACGACCCACAUCGUUUUCCGCGAAGACCCCUACCGUGUGUCUGGAGACCAGAUGGCUUUGGGGCUGCUGGCCGGGGCCGCCUCUGGGGCGGCUCUGGGGUCCUUCAUGUGGAUGCCCUGCUGGUUCUGAGACUCGUUCGCCUGCGGCCUCUCCUCCGCCCGAACCCAACGGCUCUACGGCAACGCCUCUGGCAUUUCCCCGAAGGAGACUGCGCUGGAUUGCAGACCGGCUGGGGUGUGUGGGUGGGCAAGGGAACGUUAGCUUCACCUUCAAACUCCUAAUGGUUUAAAUAAUUGCAAAAUACCAAGAACAAGAAGAAAAAGCUUCCCCCACUAGAUAGAUCGUUGCUCUGUGCGCUCUCGUAAUUGCAGUUGCAAGCUGAUUUAAUAUAGGGUUCCUGGAGCGUGGCAGGAAAAAAAAGUCUUCUGCCCCCGAGCCACCCUCUCGUACCCGCUUCUGAACUCUUACAGGCCACCACAUCGCAGUUGGUAGAUCCUGCGGAGCCAGUAAAGCCAGCGAGGAAGUAGAUCCUAAAAAGUAAGGAGAUCUCUCGGUAGGCCCAGCCCGGUGGCAGGCUUUGGCCGUCUUCUCUUCUACACACGCCGGUCUCUUUCUGCUUCCUUCUGGAGACGGAGCAUAUUUAGGGCACAAACAGGUCUACUCUUAGUGGGUUCUGGAGGACCCUCCAUCAGCAUCCAUGGUGUACCAGCAGAGAUGGGGGCCAUACGACUAAGUAAGGGUUAACCGUUUUUUAACAGUUAAGCCCUCUUGUUGGAUCAACCGUAGAGCUCGCUAGCAGCAAAUUACACUUUAGAAGUGCUCUUCUGCUGAUUUUCCCCCCGUCUCUGCCUAUCAGGAGUGGAUCAAGUUAAAUGUCCUUUUAAAAAACACAAAGCUAUGACUCUCAGGGCAGCCCUUUUGGCUGGGAGAUGCUGAGAACGUUAACAUUUCCAAGCUCUGCUCCCACAACGAACAUAGACCACGCUUCCCUCUUGUCGCCCGUUUUCCUCAAAAGGGGAUCAAGGGGGAAUCGUAAGCCUGGAAGACUCCGUCUCUCCUGUCUUUUCCCUGCUCCCUUUCCUCCGAGAACUUCCAUUGCCACCUCCAGACUUAUUUUGCCCCACGCAGGGUUGCUAGUAGUGAUGUCAACUUUGCAUUCUACUUUCUGGCCAAGGGUAAUGGGUCUUGUAGUCCAAUACAUAUGGAGGACAGUCCUAUGGGGAAGGCUGUUUUUUUUAAUCUAGUAGGUCCUAUGAAAUAACUGUGGCUUUAUAUCUUAUAAUCUACACAAUCUUUCUGUUCAGUAGUCCAAGCCGGUCCAACUCGGUUGAUCUGCACAGCAGAGAGCAGUGCUUUUCGGCCUUUGAUCCUCUAGAUAUUUUGGACUACAAAUCCCAGAAUCCCUCACCAUUGACCUUGGUGGCCGGAGCUCCUGGGAAUUGAACUCCAGAACAUCUAGAUGACCAGAGGUUGAGAACCACUGGCGCCUAGCAUUAAAUAUUCUACCCCACGCUACACAGAAGUCUAUAGAAAACACGUUUGCUUUGGAUUAGGCCAGUUUGCUGUAGGAGAGGGUGUGUGGGUUUGUUGGGAAACCGUUCAGAAGCCAGAGUCCUGUGACGCUCAGCGGCCUGCACACGCCGACAGGGCCAGCCUUAGCCUUUUCACUGCCCGAGGCCCUGGUGGCAACGUGAGCUGCUCAGAUUGCAUGCAGGAUUUUGUAGAACGCGGAAACUAGAAUACAGCUGGCUUUGACUGUGCACAAGCUUCGUCAGGCUGGAUAAGAUGCAGAGCUGGACAGGAAGGAGCGCUGUGCUAAGACGUUGUUUCCUAAAACAGCCAAAGAGCGUGAGAGAGACUGCAAAAGGGGGGGGGAGUCAUCUUUCUGUCUUGCACCUCGAAAACAUUUUGAUUUUCUUUGCACAUUUUAAGUAACACCGCGGUCUCCCAUCCAUCGGCCUGCUCACUGCUGCAGGUAGGAGUGGCAGCCCAGCCCCUACGGAGGGGGGUCAGAAUGGAUGACCUUAAGCACCACCCAAGUUGGGGCAGACAGACCUAUAAAACACAAUUAUCUCCUCCUCUGUAGAAAUGAGUUAAAAGUGCCAUCGUUUCUUUUGAAGGCAUGAGAUGGGACCAUCAAGAGCAGGAAGUAGCUUUAAGAGAGGCCUCUGGGUUUUUUAUUCUAUGCCAGCGGGGAGCAUUUGACUCUCCCAAGGUGGUUUGACUACAACUCCCAUGAUGUCUCCAUCUUGGCAAGGCAUAGUUAGCACUACUGGGAGCUGUAGGCCAGCAACGCCAAGGGGGCCGCUGGUUGCCCACCCCAGCCACAUAAAGCCCAAAAGGAAGGAGCGGAACACCCAGAAUCUCCUUGCUCAGGCACGCUCCGCUGGGUGGCCGACCUGCUCUUUGCCUGCCUAGAUACAGAUUUAUCCGUUCUCGUACGGCAUCUGUGAUGACGAAAGGCUGCAGCCGUGCAGGUUGGAAGCCCUUUGGGCUGCUUCCCUGAGACCCCUGCUCAGCCCAGCCCUGAUCCUGGAGGCAAGAUGGCUGAGGACCCAUGUCAGAUCUGCUUCGGGGUGCUCCGUCCCCCCGUCCAUUUUCAAUUUGAACUGAGCAGGUGGAAGGAAACCGCCUUAACCAAACCAUCGGCUUUCCCUUGACCUCAGUUGCAAAGGUGCCACUCAGGGAGAAGGCAGGAUGAUGCUCUGGCUUUCCAACCCAGGUUCUAACACCUGCACGGUAGGCUGACAUUCAGCAGGUGAAGCUUUUCUUCAGCAGGUUGUGACCGCUCCGAUGAAUUCCUGCCUUUCCCUCUCUUGAAAUGCAGCCACCUGCUUCUGGGAAGAGCAGGGGGCUACUCCAACCACCCCCACCUUCCCUCACCAUUAACAAGUCCUCGGCCUCAGUUCCAUUCAGCCCCCGAUGUGAUGGGCUCUGAUAAAGGAAGCCAUGGUGUGCCAGCGAUGCUACCUUUUCCAGUGCAUGGGAAUUGUUUUACCUGCCCGCAGAUCUACCACUCGCCACUUGAGGGUCCAUGCAGAACACUCACAAGCCAUAUAUAUAAUUCAGCAGGCGAAACCUCCAGGAAGAUGCAUAGAUGGAUUUCCCAAACUACUGUAUUUUUCUGUGUAUAAGACUACAAUUUUGUCUAAAAUCUUUAGACUAAAGAUUGAGGGU